CGACUCUGAUCCUAACGACUGGAGUGUUUUGAGCUGUCUUGAAUAUCUGAAAGAUCGUAUACAAUUUACCUCCGAUAGUAAAGAAGAUAUCUUAGACGCGAUCACGAGAGCAUUUUUGAGAGUUAGUGAGCUCGUUACUACACGUGUUUGGAUGAAGAAAAAAGCCAAAAAAUUAUAUAGUAACGUCAAAGAGACUUUCAAAAGAAGAGAGAUUGUUGAAUUUUUUGAGUUUAGACCAGAAAGGGAUCUCGAAAGGUCUUUCGAUAGGAAUGGAUGUAAACUUUUAAAGAAGUCUGGCGAUUUCAAUACACUGAAACUUUCAUCGCGUUAUGCGGAAAAGUCGACAGAACCGCCUGAAAUAGUAAGAACAAUUUUUAUUCGUGCUCUCCGAGUUUAUGUUAAGCCUUUGUGCUAA